CUUUCACAUUUUCGCCCUGCACCUGUCCUCAUCGCCUCAUCGCCCCAUCCUCGUCACCUCGUCGCCCCAUCUCCACUCCUCUCUAGUAGACCUCAUUUCCACACAAUGUCUUCAGGUAACAAUCCAAAAAUAAAAAAUAGAGCAAAAUGGACUGAAAUGCAAAAAAUUUAUUUAGUAAUAUUAUUGAAAGAGCACAAUAAUCCUAGAUUUCGUGCUCAAAAUGGUUGGACCAAAGAAGGUUGGUUCAAUAUUUCAAAAGCAAUGAAUGCAAAGUUUCCAACUGCGCAAUUACAAAUGGAUCAAAUUAAAGAUCAAGAACAUCAAUUAAAAGCUUUUCAAUUAGUGAAAUCAUUGACUGAGCUUAGUGAUUUUGGAUGGGAUGCUACCACCAACAUGGUUUCUACUCCGCAAAAUGUUUGGGAACCUAUUCUAGAGUCUAACAAGGAAGCAAGGAAAUGGUAUAAUAAACCUUUUCCACAUUUCGAUACGCUUUUCGAGAUUUAUGUAGGUAAAUAUGUCGAAGGAAAACGUGUUCGUGGAAGUAAUUCUUGUAUCGAAGUACUUCCAAUUGAUCUUCCUAUAUCCCAAAUGGACUUAUUAUCACAACCAACAUCUCCAAUUCCAAGUAUUUCUGCUGCUGGAGAUUCUACUCGUCGCUUUGAUUGGGAGAAUGAAAGUGAAGAAGCAUAUACCGACUUAGCUAAUCCGCCAAUGUCUCAAGUGUCUCCUCCUACAAAUGAGACACAAUCACAACCCUUAAGGCCAUCAAUCCCUCCCUCGGAACAUGAAGAAUGCCGAGAAAAAAAGAAUCUUUAG